AUGGCGGGAAUUAAUCAAACAAAAUGCGAUCUCGGCUUUCAAAUAACUUUCAACACAGUUUAUCGGUUUUCUCAAUUUUAUACAUUUUCUGUUUCAAGUUUUGCCGUUCCAGGAUUGAUUUAUUUCAUGUUUAAAAGACUAUUUCAACUUUAUUUUCAUGGAAAUUUGAAGACUCUUCUAAUUGCCUAUUUUAUUAGUAUUUUAUUAUAUGCUGUCAUGUUAUGUUUCGCUUUUGGAUACCAAUUCUUUGUUCCUUUCUUCAUCAAAUCCAACUGUGAUUUGAUAAUUAACAAAACUCUAUUUAAAUACAUUCAUACUUCUGUAAUAUUUUUAUUGACUACCCCAAUGAUGUUUCCAUUGGGAUUCUCCAUAGAGAGGUUCACUGCAAUGGCUAUGGCUUCUCGAUAUGAAAAUAUUCGAACUUUGAUUGGACCCGUUUUAGUUAUCUUUUUGAUAAUUCCCAAUUGUAUUAUAUUCUACUUUUUAUUCCAACACGAAACCUAUGAUGAUACAUUCAUAUCAUUCCUCAUGCUUCCUAAUACAACUGCAGUUAAUUUCAAUACUUAUCUUUGGUUUCUGUUAUAUCUCAACAUUGGAAAUCUCGCAUUAAACGUUUUACUUUUGUUGGUGCAUCGGAAAUUUAAAAGGAGGUUAUUGCUUCAUAAAACUUCAUUGUCUACUCGGUACGCAAUUGAGGAGAUAUCGCAAUCUUCAAAGUUCACACUCAUCAUCACAUUUACUCAUUUGCUAUUUUUCGGGUGCAACACAAUCUGCAGUAUUCUCGUUCGAGUACUAGGAGAACCAUUUUUCGGCUCUUUCAUCAAUCAUUCAGUCGCUAGAGGAGUCAAUUGCGCGGUUCCAACCUAUAAUUUGGUUAUUGUUGUUGUGGGAUUUGUCUCCUUAAGUAAACUAAAUUCGAGAAGGCAACAGGAGGUGCAGACAACUGUUCAAUUGAAGACAACUGGAAAAGAAGGAGCAAGGAACUAUGAUAAUAUUACUGCUAAUCAAUGGGCUACAAUUACUCAGAUAGGAUUCUAA